UAUGUUGCUGUCUGGGUUGGCCCUUUGCAUUGCACCCAACAUGCUCUGGAGGUCUUCCCAAAUAAGCGCUGACAAAGAGGGACAGAGCAUUCUGCAGGUCGCAGCGCUCAUCCAGUAUCUGAUAGAAAACAUGCCUGCAGUAUUUGGAGAUGAUCUGGAGAUUCUGUUCGCCAGGCAGAUGAAUACAGAGCGGGAAACAUGCGAUUACACAGAAGACACAGAUCAAGACUUUACCAUUUCUUCCCAACUGCCUGAAGUUCAUCCUCUUUUCCUUCCUCUGGCUACACUUUUUCUGAAAGAAAAGAACAAACCCCAGCCCUUUCAUAUUGAUAUGCCAACAACAGAAGGGGCCUACAGCUGUGGAACACUGGAUUCCAUUCUCUCAGGUUUCAGUGCUUCUGUAAACAUGCUGGGAAUCAGCCAAUCACACGACCGUUGCCUCUCUGAGCCUUCCAUGUACUUUUCCACACCCCAAACACCUGCACCGACUCAUACACCUGUUAUCCACCAGUCUAGCUGAUGCAGCUGCAACACAGAGCAGAACUGAGCAGCCACGCAGCUCCAUGAGGUUAAGUUCAGAACAACAAUCAAACAUUUCUGGAAUGGGUACAAGGAGACAACGUUACACUUUCUGGAAGUAGCCGCAACUCCCCACCAGCUUCCGUCAUCUUGCGCAGAGAUUGACCAGCAUGACAAGUCUGUCAUCUACUGCAAUUUCUUCCCUCAGCUCAUAGUACAUUGUCUCUCAGCUCUGCGGAUGCCAUCCCCAGCCCUCAAGAUACGCAGUCCCCGCCUUUUCUGUUUGGAGCUGCUGCGAGACUGCGGCCACUCAAACCUGAAAUGUCCAGAAAGCGGUGGACAAGUACUCUCACUUAUGAAGAGGAAGAAGAUGUUAGGAAAGAGAAAGUUCAAGAGACAGACAAUGCGAAAGAGAGUGAAUAUGAAGUAUCUUUUCGUGACUGUGAUGGAGAAAGAGCGGUAAAGGAUGGAGAAAGGGCUGAGAAUGAGGAUGCCGCAAGCUGUGAGUCCUUCAGCAACAUUCAUGAGGUUAAAGGUUCAACAAGACCAUGUACAUCAGAGUGUCUUGCCGAGACUGUGUGCAACGUGGAGUUUAGGGUGAAUCCAUUACAGUCCUCCACCGCAUGGCAGAUAAAGCCCAAUCCUGACAUAAAUUUGCAAGCGAUGUCGCUGAAUCCAUGCAGUAUGUGGACAGUCCCACGAGUUUAUCCAAUUGACAAUGUGAUACAGGGAUAUCCAGGUCACACAAACAAUCACAAACACUCCCGCAAUGGCACAAAAGCAAUCAAGUCACAAAGCAGAAAACUCUGUAAGUCAGAUACAGCUGGAUUGUCCAAAGGCUCGCUCAAACAUUCAUGCCUCAGGUGGGCAGAAAGUGAGCAGAAUGAAAAUCGAAGUCUUUCCUUCUGCAGGAAAAGUGAUGCUAAAACAUUCGAAGGUCAUGGAUUAAACUCUCUCUGUGAAAAAAAGAGCAGAAAGCUGAGGGAAGAAUGCGAUCAUCUGUCAAGGUUCAGAUCCCACAGACACUGUUUUAUGGUCAUAAUGUUCCUCUGGUGUCACUGAGUACACCUUCUCAGCAAACGUCAGUCCAAGUGAGGACACAUUGUACUCCUCCUGAUGCUGCGGAUAUGACAGACGCAGGUUGGAGUGAUGAAUCUAAUGUUAGCUUUGUCACGACUGAUAUUAGCAACGGUGUAAGCAGUUACCUGGAAGAGAAAAGUCCUACUGUCAAAUCGAUUAGUCAUAGCUUGAGCACUGCGGACGACCUGUGCCACCCAGGCUGCAUUACUGAAACCGAUAGCCCUGCUGUUAUCAUUAGCAGGGGGUUAUAGUAUCAACCCCAGUAUAAAAGUCCUACACAGCAAUGCUUAUCAGAGCAUGGCUUAUCCCAAACCCACUAACAAAUCCUCAGGAACUUUUCGUCACACAAUCUGUAUCAAGCUCCCUGGCAACAGAGGGACAACACAGAACAAACCAUUAUCAUAACUAGAUCUGGUGAUGUAAUACUGUAUGGUGGUGGGGGUAUGAAACAUUUACAAUUUCAAUGCAAUGUUCGGUAACAAUUAAAGCCUUUAUGUAUAAUGCUUUAUAAAGGUAUUCAGAAUGUACGUUGCAAUGCAUUAUGUGUUUUCAUAAAUGAUUUUAAUAAAAGUUAAAAUGCAUAUUGUAAUAUUUGAAUUUUUUUGUGUAUUUUAAUACAGUAUACAUUCUAAGUUGUAGCAAUGAAUAAGAUAAGUGUUACAAUGUAUUAAAACUGUGGUUACAAUUAUUCAUGUGAUCAUACAAUGCAUUAUAAGGUGCAUUACAAGGCAUUGUUCAUCAAUUAAAACUACUUUUAUAAUGCAUUAUAUAUAAAGGCUUUAGGUAAAUUGUUAGCCUUUUUUCCUAAGAACAUGCCUGGGUACAGAGUCUGCAGCUGCUUUGAGCAUGUGUGUAUUCUUGUAGUAGAGGCCACAGGCAUAAGAUGAAAAUGCAUUCUCGCAGGCAUCUGACUGCGGGGUGCACCUUUUCAAAGAUUUCUGCAGAGACACGUAAUGCAGUUGUGUGAAUGGAAAACCUGUUGGGUUAAGUCCAUGCUUGUAACAGAAGAAGAAAAAUCUAUGGGCACAAAAAGCUGAAAGAAAGUGUAAAACAAUGUUGGAUAAGUUAAUUAUCCAAGUUCAAAUGAACUAUAAAUAUAAUAGAGUUUAUGUUACAAAACUGACACCAAAAACAGACCAAAGCAUAAACCAAAGUAAGCUAAUAUGAUAGCAUUUUGACCAUGUAAAGUCAAUUUGAUAUUAAAUUCUAAUCAGAAAUUAACUGCGAAAGUCGUAUACACCUUA